UUGACUUCGUCAUAUUGACAUAACUUUUAGUUAGAUACCUACCUACCUUUAUUUUUAUUUUAUAUUUUUAUUUAUGUAGUUGAUUUGAAAACAUUAUUUAUUGUGAUUUAAUUUUACUGUAAUUUUCUGUUUAUUUUCAUAUUUUAUACAGUAGUGCUUUAGAACUACUUUAUUAUUUUUCAUUGUCAUUCAAGAUGAUUGGUGCCAACAAACUAUUAUGCAAAAAUAAUGUGUGUCAAAAGAUCAUACAGCAACGGAAUUUUACGAGGAAAAAUAUCAAAGAUGUUAACUAUCAAUAUUUACAGCGAAGUAAGUUACCGACUAUGCAUUUUCAGAAAUCUUUGCCUCGUUUACCUAUACCGGAACUUUCGAAGACAAGCGAAAGAUACUUGAAUGCUCUUAGACCACUGUUAACUACGAAACAGUUUGAAGAAGCCCAGCAACGUACUAAUAAUUUUAUAGCUAAAGAAGGAAAAGUACUUCAAGAGAAACUAAUAGCUAAGGAUAAAAGGAAUAAGCACACAAUUUAUAUAUCUGAUUAUUGGUUUGAUCUCUAUCUGCGUGACAGAGUACCACUUCCUAUAAAUUAUAAUCCAAUGAUCGUAUUCCAAAAUGACGUGAGACCUGAAUAUAAUGAUCAGCUUAUAAGAUCUACAAACAUGUUAAUUAGUGCUGUAAGGUUUAUGUUAUCUUUAAGAGAACAGAUAUUAGAACCAGAAGUGUAUCAUAUGAACCCCAAGAAAAGUGACACUCCACUUUUUAGAAAUGUCACAAGGAUGUUACCUGAAGCCAUUUCAUGGUAUGGUGCCUAUCUAUUCAAAGUAUUCCCAUUGGAUAUGAGCCAAUUUGUUGGGUUAUUUGGAGCCACUCGUCUGCCCCGCCAGAAUAAAGAUGAGAUCUUCAGGGAUCCAAAGAGCAAACAUGUAGUUGUACAGAGAAGGGGAAACUUUUAUGUAUUUGAUGUUUUAGAUGCUGAUGGUAACCUUUUGUCACCUCAGGAAAUUCUUGGUAACUUGAGUAAAGUAAUGAAUGACAAUUCUCCAAUCUCGGAAUAUCCUUUGGGAGUACUUACUACCCAAAACAGGGACCAAUGGGCCCAACAGCGCGUACAUUUGGAGUCUACAGGGAACAGUGAAAUUUUGAGAAAGAUAGACUCUGCAAUAUUUAAUUUAGUAUUAGAUGAUGAUGUUAUCAAUGAUGAUAAGCGUGCUCUUUUGAGGAAAUAUCUUCAUAGUGAUGGUACAAAUAGGUGGUUUGACAAAUCAUUCAGCCUUAUUGUAACUGGUGAUGGAGUAGCUGGUGUGAACUUUGAACAUUCCUGGGGCGAUGGGGUGGCUGUGCUGAGAUUCUUUCAGGACAUUUAUGCUGAGACCACUAAGAAACCAUUCAUUCAUCCAGAAUCUAAGCCAGCUGAUAGUAAUAUAAGUGUACAGAAAUUAGAAUUCAAAUUAGAUGAUAAGUCAAAGCAAUUCAUUGACAAUGCCAAAAGAGAGUACAAUGCAUGGUGUGAUUCACUCAGCAUCGAUUAUAUUUUAUAUGAAGGACUAAAUAAGGCAGCAUGUAAAAAAUUCAAAGUUAGCCCUGACUGUAUUAUGCAGCUGUCAUUUCAGGCAGCUCAUCACCUACUAAAGGGUAGUUUCGUUGGUACAUACGAAUCUUGCAGUACUUCAGCCUUCAAACACGGGAGAACUGAAACUAUGCGACCGUGCACUGUCAAAACAAAGGCAUUCUGCGAGAUCCUCCAUUCGAACAACAGGUCUGACGAUGAUCUUCGCAGUAAACUUACAGAGUGUUCCAAACUUCACUUAGAGCUAGUCAAAGAAGCAGCAAUGGGGCAGGGCUUCGAUCGUCACAUGUUCGCUCUUAUGAAGAUGGCGGAAGACAAUAACAUGCCUCGGCCAGAAAUAUUCGAUUCAUAUGAGUACAAGUACUUGAAUAAGUCUAUUUUGAGUACAAGUACUUUGUCGUCGCCCAGCGUUAUGGCAGGAGGUUUUGGACCUGUUGUCAAGGAAGGAUUUGGGAUUGCUUAUUCGGCCUUCCCAGAUAAGUUAGGAGCAGCAGUAGCAAGUUACAAGUCGCAUAACAACAGCUCCCAUUAUGUCGAAGCUCUGCACAAAUCCUUCUUGGACAUUACCAAAAUAUUAUCUGCAUAAAAGUUGGUGUAUUUAUGUUAUAAUGAUAUUUAUAUUUUGUUGCGUUUUUUCUACAAAGUUCUAUUUAUACAGCCAGUAUUGGAACCGGGAUCAAUGGGUAAAAGAUUUUAAUAUUUUUCAUACAUAUUUUUAAUAAGAAACAAUCUAUGUACCUAUUCUAUAUUUGAAACAGAUUGUAUUGUAUUUUAAACACAUAUUUUUAUUGCACAAUCAAGAACUGAUUUUUAUAAGCACUUAUUCAAAACACCAAUUAUUCUAAGCAAGCAAUCUAUAAUGUAUUUAUAUUGAUAAUAUACAUUGAUAUUAAGUUUUUUUUUGUUUGUAAGCUAUUAGUAAGUUUAACAUAAUACUGUAACUUUAGAUUUUGUGGUGAGCGAAAUCUUGGAACGACAAAUUAUUCCUUAAAAAAAAAGUAAAUAUAAUUUUGAGAGAGCAAAAAACUAUGUAUUUAUACAUCAAAUAAAUUCACGAACGAUUGAAUGAUUUAUAAAAAGGGAUAAAUUGUACUUGUAAUAAGUGCCUUAAUGUAUGAAAUUCAGUGCCGUUACGUCGAACAAUUAGGGGACUUGCCCUAAUUUUAGGUGUGCAAUUUAAGAUGUAGACAAGACUCUGUAUAUGGGAAUGUUAUAAAAUAUAUACACUUAUUUAUAUUAUUUUAUUAGUCAAUCUUGGUAGCGGUAAUAUUAGAGUAUGCAGUAUACGAAUAGAAAAAUAUAAAAAAAACAGGGCCCAAUAUAUACACCGAAAAUAGUAAGUAUUCCAAAAUUAUUCAAACGAAAGCUUUUCAUUAUUCAAUAAACGUACAGUAAUACAUGUGUGACGAUUGGAUCAUUAGUUUAGUCCUUAUCACAGAAAAAGAACAUUAAGUAGAUACACAUUAAUCAAUUUGAAAAUGUAUGUACCUACUCUGGAUAGCUUAGCCUCCGUAAAUACCGCUAUCGUAGUAGGUAAUGCACCCUUAGUACAUUAUGUAACCACGUUAACCUUUGAGUUAUAAAACACGUGUUACUAACGGGCUUCGGACAAGGAUUUUGCGUGUUGCAAUCCGUAUAUGAUGCAAUGCAACAUAGAUAUGCAAUUUUAUGGUUUCUGAUAAUAAUCUCAUUACACUGCGCGCGAGUUAUGUUUUUGCAUUUUUAUUUUUUGUCAAGUUUUUUAAUUAUUUAACUAUAUAACUUGUGUAAUAUUUUUGUGGGAAUUAUACAAUAAAUUUUAAGUUUUAUACCAUACAAAAA